AUGAGGUUGCACUCAAAUCCCUCCAUCACUGCCAGAGCAGAGUCGGACGAAGAGGCAGAAAUUCUCCGGCCUUUAAACAAUCUACACAAGAUCAUCCGAGAGAUGUUUCACGAGAUAGAAUCCCACCACACAACCAUUCAAUCCCUAAGAGAAUGGGCCCAAAUGAUUGAUCCGCUGGCGUUUGCGAAGAUGGACCCAUGGCCACAGUCCCUUAUUUCAGCCUGGGAAGAGUAUAAGUUUUUUGUCCAACUCAUAAACGCCAAGAAGUUGGCUUUCGUCAAUUAUCGGAGUGCCGGUGAUGAAGAUCUUGCAGACACCAGCGAUUGGCGGUUCAAACGUGUACAUUUGGCAAUAGAGUGGGGAAAAGUGGCCCUCAGUGCGACUGAGGCACGGCUUCAUGUUCUUUGUACAUACCAAAACGCCUUUGAGAAUACCAAGGCUAUCGAUGGCCAUAUAGAACAGGCAAAUGCGAACUUGAAUAGCGCCAGGGACGCCGUGCGCGAGGCAGGGAUUAAUUACCGUAGGUACUGGGCCAAUAUGGCCCGAGAGCCACCUUGUAAGAAGGGUAUUCCUUAUGAGGAUUACGAUGAAGAGUCUAAUCCUCAUUAG